AGGGAUUGGAAAUAUCAGGGAAGUAUUUGGGAGCCUACUUGGAACCGCUCUCUGUCUUGAGCACUCGCUAGUUGCGAUAUACGUAUAUACCACAAUGAACACCACGAACUCGAAAUUCUCGACUCACGUCAACUUCGUUCCUUCUCCCAACUCUCGGGGUACACUGAGUAUCUUAUGGAGCUCUCUAUUCACGAUCCUCGCUUGUACAUGGACGGUUCAACAUCUCAACGUUCCCGAGCAGCGCAAUAGCUGCAAGCCAGGAUGGAUGGGAACUCUCACAUGGUAUACGAGAAAGUUCCUUAAAAGCGCACGAUGGAUGAUAGUCACGAGCAUCGCCCCGGAGGUUGUGAUUGGAAUGGCUUGUUACGAUCUUGUAACUGCAAACAUAACUUUACGGAGCUUGGAAAAAAUUGCUUUGGAGGACGGUGUCCCUUGGACAUUGACACACAGCUAUUUUGCAAAUAUGGGCGGCUUCGUGAUAGAAAGCGGGGUUGAGAAGCCAUCAGCCGUCUCGACGUAUAUCUCAAUGGCGGAUGUGGAAGUCAGAAGCACAUCUCAAGCUGGCCCUAAUCUCCGGAAUAGGAGAGAAAAGAGGCAUGAAAUUCGGCGUCAGCCUCUUACGAAUCAUCUUCCUUCAUUUGUCACUGGUGGCGUCAACGAGAUCUCUUACCACAACCCUUACCAUCUCACCGGAAGACAAAUUUGUCAACUUAGGAAAGAAGGCAUUCUCCCGAGACUUCCUCAUAUUAGCGAGGCAGAGUUAACGGAUAGAUCUAAGAGCGAUGGCUUCGUCAAAGCAAUUGCCUUUUCCCAGAUUCUCUGGGAUAUUAUUCAGAUUAUCGUCAGAGCUGCUCGCAAGCUUCCCAUUUCUCAGCUUGAACUGGCGGUCAUAGCCUUCGCAGUCUGCGCUAUGAUUAUGUACGGCUUGAACUGGUCGAAGCCAAAGAAUAUUGGUGCUGUUACAGCUGUUAUCCAAUAUGAAGGUCCUAUUCCCCAAGGAGUUCUGACUCUUAUCCAGGGAUGGCAUUCAUACUUGGGAUAUAUUCUGAUCGCCGACGACAGAGGUAGGAGAAGACAUGGGUCUCCCAUUAGAAAUGAUUCAACACAAGAUGAUCCCCACGAUUAUUGGAAUCUACUCGCUAUACUGCUUGGAGCCCCUGUCUUUGGUGGAAUACAUGUAGCAGCAUGGAAUUUUGGUUUCCCAACUAAGAUUGACUUGAUAAUCUGGAGAGUCACAAGCCUAUAUUCAGCGGCCUGUAGCCCGCUUCUAUUGUUUGGGGGUUGCUUAGUUCAGGGGGUUCAUAAUAAGGACGAUCGAGUCCUCUAUACAUUCCUCUCAACAGUGAUGGUUUUAUAUAUCAUAGCACGCGUUGCUCUCCUUGUCGAGAUAUUCCGCACGCUUUUCUUCCUUCCGCCCCUUGCUUAUGUUUCCACUUGGACUAAAGAUAUACCUCAUUUUGGCUAGUUUAUAAACAAAUAUAUACAAUGACUCUUGAAUUCUACUUCCUCUGUAUAGCUUGCUAAAUCUGUU